CGUCGGUGAGGGUGAAGGGGGUAGGACGUACGGCCCAGCGGACCUGGCGUUUGUCGGGGUGGAAGGUGCAGGGUGUUGCACCUGCGGCGUGAGGUGGAAGCGGCAGGCAAUCAAGCGGCCGUGGAGGGCAGGCCCGAUUUUACAGGAGGCUCGACCUGAUCAGGCGAUUUGGGCUGUCUGGGGAGGCCCCGCAAUGGAGGCGUAGGGAUCAGAGGAGACAGCCUGCUUUGAGUGGAAAGAGGGGCAGCGCCCUGCGCGCGCCAGGAAGUCGGUGAGGGCGCAGGAGGCAGGGUAUAGAGCCUGGCGUCGUUGGGUUUUUCUCACGGCCGCUGGGUGGUUCGCCUGUCGGUAGAGGAGUGCAAUGAAGGAAAAACUCUCCUUUCGGGAGGAACCCGAUACUCCCCUGGGCCGUCGACGCUCUAGUAGAUGAUGGCAUCACCGUGGUGGUGGCUGCAGGGAACGAGAACGCAGAUGCAUGCGGAUUCAACCCUGCAUGGAUCACGUCGGCGAUUACGGUGGCAUCUUAUGCCCAGUAUGGGGCCAGAGAGGGGCCCUUGCGCCGGGCGGUGGCAAAGUCUUGGUUCAGCAACUACGGCCCUUGCGUCGACGUCUGGGCUCCGGGCUCGACCAUCCUCUCGGCGUCCCACUCGAGCGACACGUCGACCGUCUUUAAGAGUGGCACGUCCAUGGCCUGUCCGCACGUUGCGGGGCUCGCUGCCAUCAUGUACGAGGCGAACCCAACGGCACAAUCUAUGCACGAGUCUCUGAGAUGGAACCUCCUGACGGCGUCGAACCGCACUGGCUAUGUCACAGGUAUCCCACCGACCCCUGCUACUGUAAAUCUGGUGGCCUUGGCACCGACGCCCAGCCCGACGCCCAGCCCGACGGCCAGCCCGACGCCGAGCCCGACGCCGAGCCCGACGCCGAACCCGACGCCUGGUGCGACGCCCAGCCCGUCGCCCAGCCCGACGCCCAGCCUGACGCCGAGCCCGACGCCCAGCCCGACGCCCAGCCCGACGCCGAGCCCGACGCCGACCCGACGCCCAGCCCGACGCCUGGUGCGACGCCGAGCCCGACGCCCAGCCCGUCGCCCAGCCCGACGCCUCCCGUGCAGGCCACAGGCGACCCGCACCUGGUCAACGUUCAUGGACAGCGUUUCGACAUCUACCGACCGGGCGCCCACGUCCUUCUCCACAUCCCGCGGCGGGCGGAACCGACGGUCACAUGGCUGCACCUGGAGGCGGACGCCAGGCAGUUGGGCCCCACGUGCGAGGAGCUAUACUUCCAGGCUGUCAGCGUGACGGGCGCGUGGGUCGAGCGGACUCGCAACUUGUCUGCCGAUCUUAUUAACGAGUUUGCACGGGGUGACAGCGGCAAACCCGUGCGCGGCCUCCAGUUCUUAGCGGAGUCGGCGGGGAACCGGAGCAGCACGUCGUGGAUGUACUUCGGCAGGCUGGGCCUCAAGGUGGUCUGGGGCCACACGAGCGGGGGCAUCAAGUACCUCAACGUGCUUCUGAAGCACGUGGGCCAGGCGGGCGUCCCUGUCGGUGGGCUCCUCGGCGAGGACGACCACACGUUUGUGUCCACCCCGAGCUCGGCGUGCAGGCACACCGUCGCCCUGGUCUCCAACGGGCCCGUCGAUCUCUCGGGGGUGGUGGACUAGCCCGGCUGCAGGGGGCAGCGGGCUGCGACCUGGGCCAUCGGCGCGCAGCGUGAGCCGGCGAUGGCAGUGGAGGUGAUUGCGUCUGGGUGGGGUUAGUUUGCGAUCGGCGCCGUUGGGGCUGACAGGGGCGCACCGUUGCGCCAGAGGUUUGCUGAGCCCUCGUCGGGGCGCGGCGGAGAUUUUCUGUCGAGGUCUUCGCCCGCCCCCCCGCCAGGCGCGGCUCGCAAAGCACACCCUCUGCAAAUCGCACCCUCUUCAGAGUCGCCGAACCUGGGCCAGCAGGUCGGGGGCCUUCAAAGUAUGGAAGGACGCCAGGUAUCGACCUGCGCCAGAGGGCCAAGCAACUACGUAAGCACACAGAUGUAUUCGGAGCUCCGCGCGGGUGUCUUGGAUCGGCGCUGGAACCCCGCUCCAGCGCCGAUCCAAGAAGUCCGCGUGGAGAUCCGCUAGUUUAUGUUUAUGCAGUGUCGAGUCGGGGGGGCGGCCUUCAAACCAGGAGGGCCAGCAGCGUUUCAGGGGGUACGGCGCGCUCCAGAAAGGGCGUCGGCUUCGGCUCGUUCGGGCUGAAGAAGAGCGGCGGCAAGGGCUCCCGCGUGUGCAGGGCGAUGCUCGCAUCACCGUUUGCAGAGGGAGCACAGCUAUGCGCGCGCCUGAGUGUUUAGCCUUUCGGGCGUCGGCACUAUUUUUCUGGCGUGCAUGGGAGAGAGGGAGAGGUUGUCUCCUUGGUUUGCCCCUCUCCCUCUCUCCGCUCGCUAGCUGGAUCGGUGCGCGAUUGGCGUGUAGAUCCCGUUUUGUCGCUGAAUCGCGAGCUGCGCAACAACAAACACCUCAUAAUCACAAGCUUUCUCAGUGUCGCUUGCCUCUAAGUACUAGAACAGACCUUGGCAAGAUUAUUCAAAGCGGAGGUUUCCAUGUGGGCA